CACGAUUAUAGUUCAUUUUUGUAACUUCAGAAAACAUAAUUGUUGUACAUACGUACAAAUCUGUACAUAAUUGUUUGUUGAUUUUUGCUAUUUAAUAUUUAUUCGAUAGCUAAUAGUAGGCGUAUAACAAUCGUCAAAAGAUUGCAUUUUUAAAACAAUAGUAGACUUUGCAAUAAUAUUGAAAAUGGAAAAUUUAGAAACGUUGACAAGCAAAAUUUCUAAAUUUGGUACGAUAUCGUCUCGUUCGGAUACACAUACUACAAGUAGUUUAGAAGAAACAAGAAUAAGCGAGUUAAGUAACUGUGAAAUUACUGAUUUAAUCGAAACGAAAGUGUCCCGUAAUGAAUUCUUGACACGAGAAAACAUAUUGUUGGAAAUUCAUCUUCAUCGCAUUGGAAAAGAUGAUCUGAAAGAAGAACGAAAGUCUAUUCGAAAAUCUAGACCUUCAUCUAUUAUGUUAAAGAGACGUAACACUUAUUUUGAUAUGAGUCUUCUUAAACCGCCUGAUGCUGAAACUAGUAGUUUCCAUGAUCGCUCUUCCGAAGCACUUGUUAUGAAACAAAAAUAUUACAUACUUAAAACUGAAAUGAAGUUGAAGAAUGAUGAAAUCAAAAACAGAGCUGAACAACACGAAUCUACUUUGUGGGAUAUUCACAUGGAACUUGAAGAACUGGAGGAGAGAUAUAAAGAAGUAGAAAAAAGAAAACGUUAUUUUGAAUUUUACAUUAAAAACAAAGCUUAUAACAAAGCGCUUGCUGUAUAUAAAGCAGAAUUUAUCGAACAUUUAUUCAAACAAAUAAUAAAAAAUCAUCUCAAUAUGUUGCAAAAUAUCAAAAUGAACACAAAUAUUUGCACUGUGGCACAAAAGAAAAUUUUGUUAAAAAUCGAAUACGUGGAUUCUCUGAUAGGAGAAAAUUACAAAAGGGAAGAUGCUGUGAAAUUUAAAUGCCAAGCUAAACAUCAGACAUCUAUAAUCCGAAAUCAACAAGAAAUACUACAAAUAUUCAGAAAUAAAAUGAAAAAUGCCAAACAUUUAUUAGAAAAACUGCGAAAUGAAAUAGAAGAAAUCGAAUGUAGACUCGAGAUUAUUUCAGAUACUAUCAAAUGGAAGACGACUAUUAAUGAAAGAAUAUCUGAAAAUAUUACUCAACAAGAAAAAGAAAUUGAAGCUUAUCAAAAAGAAUAUGAUUAUAUAAAGAAUAUGGUUUCUAGUUAUAAACCUAUAACUAUAAUAGACGUCAUAAAGCAACAAAAAACUCUGAAAAUGACACAAAACCAAUUGAAAUAUUUUAAGAGAAAAACAAAUUUACUAGAUUUGAAACUUGGAAAAUUUGCGUAACAUUAUAUUUAAAUAAAAUAUUCAAAAUAAUCUGCUGCAACUAGUUAAAUAAUGUUAAAAUAUUUUUAUUUAUUUAUAUAUAUUAUUAUAAGUUUAUGUUGCAAUGUAUUAACAUUUAUUAUAUAGUUUUAAACGAAAAUCUUCCUAUUCUAUAGACACAAAGAGGUUUGAUUGAUUGGUUUGAUGGGAUAUCAUAAUGCAACACACGAGCAAUCUGACAAGGGGAGAUACCCUCCAGAAGGACUUUUAUGAGAAACUAUCCUGUAUUUAGAAGUUAAAUUCGGAAAGCCAUGUAGGCAGCUCAUUGGCUAGGCGCGAAUCUGAGACCAACCAUCAGUGUUUAUGGUUUUACCCAUUCGGUCACUGGGAGGCAACUUAAAGAAGAUAAAAAUUUUGAUGUUUGUGAAGCGAACAUUGCUAUGGAUUGUGAUGUUAUAACCACUGAAGAGGCUCUGUUAUAGUCAGGGCGAAAUGCAUUUUGAGCUUUCUAUUAAUCUUUCUACAAAAUAAUCAGAUAUUUCCAAGCAAGUAUGAAAACAAGAAACUCCGACGAUAGAAAUUCCAUGAAUAGCAGUCAGCAAGGCCACGGUGAAGAACG